UCAAACUGCCUUAUGAAUAUUGAUGCGGAGGCUAGGCUGCUUUCGUAGAGAAGCAGAAGGAAGCAAGAUGGCUGCCCUUUAGGAUUUGUUAGAAAGGAGACCCGACUGCCACUGCUGGAUUGCUGCAAGGCUGAGAGACGAGAACGAGGCUGGCCACCAUUCAGCAGCAGACCCUCUCAAGAUUGUCUACUUGCCCUUGCUCCUGUUGAGUUACCACGGGUGGAAGCAGGAGAUGGGCUCAGCAGCAGCCAACAGGCCAUGACCCAGGAGGCGCAGUGAGGGAUAGAGCUGCUGAAUUCAUUCAGAGGGCAGCCUUGUGGAUGGCCCCGAAGCAAGCCUGAUGGAACAGGAUAGAACGAACCAUGUUGAGGGCAACAGACUGAGUCCAUUCCUGAUACCAUCUUCUUCUCCCAUUUGCCAGACAGAACCUCUGGCUAUAAAGCUCCAGAAUGGAAGCCCAUUAACGAAGAAACCUUAUCCAGAAGUAAAUGGAGACACCAAGUGGCAGUCUUUCAAGAGUUAUUAUGGAAUACCCCACAUGAAAGGAAGCCAGAAUAGUCGCGUGAGUCCGGACUUUAUACAAGAAAGUAGAGGGUAUUCCAGAUGUUUGCAAAAUGGAGGGAUAAAACGCACAGUCAGUGAACCUUCUCUCUCUGGGCUCCAUCAGAACAAGAAACUGAAACAAGACCAAAAGGCCAAUGGAGAAAGAAAGAACUUCGGGGAAAGCCAAGAAAGAAAUCCAGGCAAAGGCAGCAGUCAACCAAAUGUCUCCGAUGUGAGUGAUGAUAAGAGAGAAUCUGUUAGCUCUGCAGCCCAAGAAAAUGAAGUUAAAGAUUUCACUGGUUUUUCAUCACAUAACUGCAGUGGAUCUGAAAAUCCAGAGCUUCAGAUUCUGAACCAACAGGAGGGGAAAAAUGCUAACUACCACGACAAGAACAUUGUAUUACUUCUUAAAAAUAAGGCAGUGCUAAUGCCUAAUGGUGCUACAGUUUCUGCCUCUUCCAUGGAAAACACACAUGGUGAACUCCUGGAAAAAACACUGUCUCAAUAUUAUCCAGAUUGUGUUUCCAUUGCGGUGCAGAAAACCACAUCUCACAUACAUGCCAUUAACAGUCAGGCUACUAAUGAGUUGUCCUGUGAGAUCACUCACCCAUCGCAUACCUCAGGGCAGAUCAAUUUCCCACAGACCUCGAACUCUGAGCUGCCUCCAGAGCCAGCUGCAGUGGUGACCGAGGGCUGUGAUGCCGAUAGUGCCAGUAAACCAGCUGCAAUGCUAGGGACCUGUCCCUUUCAGAAACCAGAACAACGAAAGUCAGUUUUUGAGAUACGCCCAUCUCCGGCAGAAAACAGUAACAUCCAAGGAACCACAAAGCUAGUAUCUGGUGAAGAAUUCUGUUCAGGUUCCAGCAGCAAUUUGCAGGCUCCUGGUGGCAGCUCUGAACGGUAUUUAAAGCAAAAUGAAAUGAAUGGUGCUUACUUCAAGCAAAGCUCAGUGUUCACAAAGGAUUCCUUUUCUGCCACUACCACACCACCACCAUCACAAUUGCUUCUUUCUCCCCCUCCUCCUCUUCCGCAGGUUCCUCAGCUUCCUUCUGAAGGAAAAAGCACUCUGAAUGAUGGAGUUUCGGAAGAACACCAUCACUACCCCAACCAAAGUAACACAACUCUUUUAAGGGAAGUGAAAAUAGAGGGUCAACACGAGGCACCGCCAUCCCAGAGUCCUACUCCCUCUACACAAGUAUCCAACCCCUCUCCGAUGCUUCCAGAAAGGCCUCAGAAUUAUUGUGUUAACAAGAAUGGCAUACGGACUCCAGGGACGAUGACGGUUCCAUUGUGUUCUGAGAAAACAAGACAACUAUCAGAACAUCUCAAACAUAACCCACCAAUUCUUGGUAGCAGUGGAGAUGCACAGGAUCACUGCCAGCAGUUGAUGGGACACAAAGAGCAAGAGCUCUUCAAGAGUCAAGACAAGGAACCAACACAAGACCCUGUGCUCCCAACACAGCCCUAUCUGAAACCAGGAUGGAUUGAAUUGAAGGCCCCUCACUAUCGUCAAGCAGAAUCCCAUCUAAAAUGUAAUGAGGCAACCCUGCGGUCAAUUCUUCAGUAUCAUCAGUCCAACCCCUCCCAUCAAAUGACCUCCAAACAAUACACUGGAAAUUCCAACAUGCCUGGGGGGCUCCCAGGGCAAGCUUACACCCAGAAAAUAAUGCAGCCGGAGCAGAGGCCACCAAGGUACCAAGCUGAGAUGAAUCAAGGGCAGUCUCAAGGUACAGUGGACCAGCAUCUCCAGUUCCAAAAACCCUCACUCCAGGUGCACUUCUCCAAAACAGACCCUUCACCCGAAGCUCACAGACAGUCAGUCUGUGCCCUGAGGUGUCAUUUCCAGCAAAGACCAGAUCCCCAAACUGAGAAACUCAUGCCCCCAACAUUAAAACGGCACUUGAAUCAACAGGCUUCCGAGACUGACCCAUUCUCAAACUCACACCUUUCGCAACAUAAGCCUCAUAAGCAGGCAGCACAAACACGACCAUCCCAGACUUCACGUCUCUCUCAAAACCAGCAACAGCAGCAAAAAUUACAGAUGAAGAAUAAAGAACAAAUGCCCCAGACCUUUUCUCAUCCCCAAGGCAACAGUGAUCAGCAAAGAGAAGGAUCAUUCUUUAGCCAGAUUAAAGUAGAAGAAUGCUUUCGUGGUGAAGAUCAACAUUCAAAAUCAAGUGAGUUCCAGACUCAUAAUCCCCAAGUGGGACUGGAGCAAGUACAGACUAUGAAUAGUAUAAAUUCCCCCUAUGGUCAGAUCUUGAAGUCAAAUGCAAGCGAAGUGCAGAUUUCUUGUUCAAACAAUAUACACGUAGUUGCAGAAAAUAAAGAACAGACUGUAAAUUCUGAACUCUUUGCGGGAAACAAGAUCCCAAACUUGCAUCACAUGCAAUAUUUUCCAAAUAAUGUGACCCCAAAGCAAGAUGUUCUUCACAGGUGCUUUCAAGAACAAGAACAGAAGCCUCAACAAGCUUCAGUUCUACAGGGAUAUAAAAAUAGAAACCAAGAUAUGUCUAGUCAACAAGCUGCACAGCUCGCUCAGCAAAGGUACCUGAUGCAAAACCAAGCAAAUGCGUUCCCUUUGCCCAAUCAGGCAGGAAGUCACAUUCAGACCCUGCCCCAGAAGGACAUCCAAAAGCAUGCUGCUCUAAGGUGGCACCUUUUGCAGAAGCAAGAACAGCAGCAAACACAACAACUCCAAGCCGAGUCUUGCCAUAGUCAGAUGCAAAGGCCAAUUAAGGUCGAACCUGGAUCCAAGCCCCACGCCUGUAUGCGCCUCAUGUCAGCACAGCCAGAAAACAAAAUGUGGAAAAAGAUACCCAAGCAAGAGAUUCCACCUCCGAGCUGUGAUAACAUGCAGCAGCGGAGCAUCCUUGAGACCAUGGAGCAGCAUCUGAAGCAAUUUCAGGUCAAAUCAUUAUUUGACCAUAAGGCUCUUGCUCUAAAAUCACAGAAGCAAGUAAAAGUUGAAAUGUCAGGGCCAGUCACAGUUUUAACUAGACAAACCACUGCUGCAGAACUUGAUAGCCACACCCCAGCUUUAGAGCAGCAAGCAAUGCCUUCCUCAGAAAAGACACCAACCAAAAGAACAGCUGGUUCUGUUCUCAAUAAUUUUUUAGAGUCACCUUCCAAAUUACUAGAUACUCCUAUAAAAAAUUUAUUGGAUACACCUGUCAAGACUCAGUAUGAUUUCCCAUCAUGCAGAUGUGUAGAGCAAAUUAUUGAAAAAGAUGAAGGUCCUUUUUAUACCCAUCUAGGAGCAGGUCCUAAUGUGGCAGCUAUUAGAGAAAUCAUGGAAGAAAGGUUUGGACAGAAGGGUAAAGCUAUUAGGAUUGAAAGAGUCAUCUAUACUGGUAAAGAAGGCAAAAGUUCUCAGGGAUGUCCUAUUGCCAAAUGGGUGGUUCGCAGAAGCUGCAGCGAGGAGAAGCUACUGUGCUUGGUGCGGGAGCGAGCUGGCCACACCUGCGAGGCUGCGGUGAUUGUGAUUCUCAUCCUGGUGUGGGAAGGAAUCCCACUCUCUCUGGCUGACAAACUGUACUCCGAGCUCACCGAGACACUGAGGAAAUACGGCACGCUCACCAAUCGUCGGUGUGCCCUGAAUGAAGAGAGAACGUGUGCCUGUCAGGGGCUGGACCCAGAGACCUGUGGUGCCUCCUUUUCUUUUGGUUGUUCAUGGAGCAUGUACUACAAUGGAUGUAAGUUUGCCAGAAGCAAGAUCCCAAGAAAAUUUAAGCUGCUUGGGGAUGACCCAAAAGAGGAAGAGAAACUGGAGUCUCAUUUACAAAACCUGUCCACUCUUAUGGCACCAACAUACAAGAAACUUGCACCUGAUGCAUAUAAUAAUCAGAUUGAAUAUGAACACAGAGCACCAGAGUGUCGUCUGGGUCUGAAGGAAGGCCGUCCAUUCUCAGGGGUCACUGCAUGUUUGGACUUCUGUGCUCAUGCCCAUAGAGACUUGCACAACAUGCAGAAUGGCAGCACAUUGGUAUGCACCCUCACUAGAGAAGACAAUCGAGAAAUUGGAGGGAAACCUGAGGACGAGCAGCUCCAUGUCCUGCCUCUCUACAAAGUCUCGGAUGUGGAUGAGUUUGGGAGUGCAGAAGCUCAGGAGGAGAAAAAACGAAAUGGUGCCAUUCAGGUACUGAGUUCUUUUCGACGGAAAGUCAGGAUGUUAGCAGAGCCAGUCAAGACAUGCCGACAAAGGAAACUAGAAGCCAAGAAAGCUGCAGCUGAAAAGCUUUCCUCUUUGGAGAACAGCACAAAUAAGAAUGAAAAGGAAAAGUCAGCCUCCUCUCGUACAAAACAGAUUGAAAAUGCAAGCCAGGUGAAACAGUUGGCAGAACUUCUGCGACUUUCAGGACCAGUCAUGCAGCAGCCCCAGCCCCAACUGCAGAAGCAGCCACCACAGCUGCAGCAGCCAUGUCACCCCUUCACUGAUAACCCUCAGCCAGAGUCUGUCAGCUCUUACACUUCCGCUGGAUCCACCAGUCUAUACGCAAGGAGGCCCAAUCCAGUUAGUCCUUAUCCAAGCUCUUCACACCCUUCAGAGAUUUAUGGAGGCGCCAAACCUAUGAACCUCUAUUCCACCUCAUCCCAAGCUGCAGGUUCAUAUUUGAAUUCUUCUAAUCCCAUGAGCCCCUACCCUGGGCUUUUAAAUCAGAAUAACCAAUAUCCGUCAUCAUAUCAAUGCAAUGGAAGCAUAUCAAUGGACAAGUGCUCCCAAUAUCUGGGUUCCUAUUCUCCCCAGUCUCAGCCGGUGGAUCUAUACAGGUAUCCAAACCAAGAUCCUCUGUCUAAGCUAAAUCUACCACCCAUCCAUACGCUUUACCAGCCGAGGUUCGGAAAUAGCCAGAGUUUUACUUCUAAGUACUUAGGUUAUGGAAACCCAAAUAUGCAAGGAGAUGCCUUCAGCAGUUGUACUCUUAGACCAAAUGUACACCAUGUAGGUACAUUUCCCCCUUAUUCCGCUCAUGAGAUGGAUGGCCACUUCAUGGGGGCUGCCUCUCGAUUACCACCCAAUCUGAGCAAUCCAAACACAGACUAUAAAAAUGGUGAGCAUCACCCAUCUUCUCAUUUAAUCCAUAACUACAGUGCAGCUCCGAGCGUGUUCAACAGCUCUCUUCAUGCCCUGCAUCUCCCAAACAAGGAGAAUGACGUGCUCUCCCACACAGCGAAUGGGUUAUCUAAGACGCCUCCAGGUCUUAACCAUGAUGGAGCUGCUUCUGUCCAAGAAGGCUUCCACAAAGUACACGACGCUGGCAGUCAGGAAAAGCAGCCUUGUGUUGCCGAGGACAAUGACGAGGUCUGGUCUGAUAGCGAGCAGAGCUUCCUGGAUCCUGACAUUGGGGGAGUGGCCGUGGCUCCGACUCAUGGGUCCAUUCUCAUCGAGUGUGCAAAGCGCGAGCUGCACGCCACAACCCCUUUAAAGAAUCCCAACAGGAAUCACCCCACCAGGAUCUCACUCGUCUUUUACCAGCACAAGAGCAUGAAUGAGCCAAAGCACGGCUUGGCGCUCUGGGAAGCCAAAAUGGCCGAGAAAGCCCGCGAGAAAGAGGAAGAGUGUGAGAAGUACGGCCCAGACUACGUGCCUCAGAAAACCCACGGCAAAAAAGUGAAACGGGAGCCCACCGAGCCGCAUGAACCUGCCGAGCCCACUUACCUGCGCUUCAUCAAGUCCCUCGCCGAAAGGACCAUGUCCGUGACCACAGACUCCACAGUAACUACAUCUCCAUACGCCUUCACUAGGGUCACGGGGCCUUACAACAGAUAUAUAUGAUGUCGCCCCUUGUGUUGGUUACCUCAUUUGAAAAGACCACAACCAAUCUGUCCUUAGUGUAGUUCUCAUGAUGUGGGCAGUGGGGAAAGGACACAGUAUUCCUGACAGAUGUGGUGAGAGGAACCUCAGCUCACCAGCAAAGAAAGAGGUCAUCUUACCAUAGCACUUAAUUUCCACUGACUCCUAAGUGGUCACAGAUGGAAUCUAGGCAAAAGACCAAAGCAUUCUAUGCAAAAAGAAGGUGGAGAAGAGAGUGUUCCACAAUUUACAUUUUUAAACACUGGUUCUAUUAUUGGAUGAGAUGAUAUUUAAAUGUGAUAUUUUUCCCCCUUACAACUCUACACAUCUGUGACCACUUUUAAUAAUACCAAGUUUGCAUAGUCGUGGAACACAAAUCAAACAAGUACUGUAGUAUUACAGGGGCAGGAAUCUUAAAAUACCAUCUGGUGCUGAAUAUACAAUGUACUGAAAUACUGGAAUUAUGGCUUUUUAACAUGCAGUUUUUACUGUAAUCUUAAUAUUAACUUUUAUUUAUCAAAAUAGCUACAGGAAGCAUAAAUGAAUAGACAGCAAAACACUGAAUUUGUUUGGAUGUUCUAAGAAAUGGUGCUAAGAAAAUGGUGUCUUUAACAGUUGAAAACUAAUGCCUUUAUAUCAUCAAGAUGCUAUCAGUGUACUGCAAUGCCCUUGAAUAAUGGGGGUACCUUUUCAUUCAAGUUUUUAAUCAUAAUUACCUAUUCUUACACAAGCUUAGUUUUUAAAAUGUGGACAUUUUAAAGGCCUCUGGAUUUUGCUCAUCCAGUGAAGUCCUUGUAGGACAAUAAACAUAUAUAUGUACAUAUAUAUAUACACACAAAUAUGUAUAUGU